GAACAAACUUUCAUUCUAAUUACUCCAACCCAUCUUCCAUUUGAGGUUCCAUUUUGUUUUGAUUAAAUGGAGAGUUCAAUUAUCAUUCAAUGGUUAAACACUCUUCUACUAUGUACACUCCUGUUACUUAAGACACAAGGACAGUUUGUUCCAAUAACUCUGCUCGAAAGCGCGGUAUCAAAAGGAGCUGUGUGUUUGGAUGGAAGCCCUCCAGCUUAUCAUUUUGAUAAAGGACAUGAAGAAGGAGUUAACAACUGGAUUGUUCACAUUGAGGGAGGUGGAUGGUGUCACAAUGUCACAUACUGCCUAUAUCGUAAGGACAGUCGAUUAGGUUCGUCGAACCAAAUGGAACAGCAAACUUACUUUUCUGGAUAUUUAAGUGAUAACCAACAAUAUAAUCCAGAUUUCUACAAUUGGAAUAGAGUAAAGGUUAGGUACUGUGAUGGAUCAUCAUUUACUGGUGAUGUUGAAGAAGUUGAUCCAGAGACAAAUUUGCACUACAGAGGACAAAGAAUUUUUAAUGCUGUAAUGGAAGAGUUACUAGCAAAAGGAAUGGAUCAUGCUGAAAAUGCUAUUCUUUCUGGAUGUUCUGCUGGAGGAUUAACUGCUAUAUUACACUGUGAUGGAUUUAGAGAACUAUUACCUAAUGGAACUAAAGUGAAAUGUGUCUCAGAUGCUGGUUAUUUUGUUAAUGUAAAGGAUAUCUCAGGAGAUUAUUAUAUUGAAGAUUAUUACAGUCAAGUUGUUGAAAUACAUGGCUCAGAGAAGAAUUUGCCUCAAUCCUGCACUUCAAAACUCAGUCCAGGACUCUGCUUUUUUCCUCAAUAUAUGGCAUCAAGUAUCAGAACACCACUCUUCAUUGUAAAUGCAGCAUAUGACUCAUGGCAGAUUAAGAAUAUUUUGGCACCUGGUGACGCUGAUCCGAAUGGCCAAUGGAGUAGCUGUAAGACUAAUCUAAACAACUGCUCACCUGAACAACUAAAUAUAAUGCAAGACUAUAGGUCACAAUUCUUGAAGGCAUUAGGUCCUGUAAGCAACUCUAAAUCUAAUGGAAUGUUCAUAGACUCUUGCUAUGUUCACUGCCAAACAGAACCACAGGAUACAUGGUUUACAAGGGAUUCUCCAAUGGUUGACAAUAAAACAGUUGCAAAGGCAGUAGGAGACUGGUUUUAUGAAAGAAGUCCUUCCCGUGAGAUAGAUUGUACUUACCCUUGUAACCCUACUUGUCAGAACCGUGUUUUGGAUGUUGCAGCUUAUCCAGGAAUACACUAGAAUCUUCAUCUAAUGAAAUAUAUUUAUCAUUCCUAUGGUAUUGAAUGUAAAAAUAAUAAUGCAAGCAAAAUAAGAGAGAAUGUGCCAUUGCAUUGAGGUUGUGUGCUAGGUGCACUCAAUCAUUGUUUAAUAAUGUAACAAUUAAUUAACUUCUAUAUAUGUACUCUCUUUAUGAAAUUGUAAUUACUAUGUUAUGUUAUUAUGCUAUGACUAAUUGAUGUGUCAUA